GUUAACACAGCUUUAUCAUCAGUCAUCUGGGAACCGCGCGCGGGAAAAGUAGCCCGCUGUCAAAGGCAUUAUAUUCGAUAUGGCAACUAUUUUACGAAGGAUAUGGAAGAACCAUUCAAAGCACAAAAAACUUUCUGAAGAAUGGGCACUUGCUGAAUGCGAAGGAGAAGGCUGGUGGCGUGAAACACACAACGGUCGUGCUCAAAGUGACGUGAGAUACGCCGGCGUUGCUCCGGUUGAGCGCGCCGCGUCCGCUCCCGCCACCGCCCUCGCUGUCCGCUCUGCUUUACAUACCGCUAAGACUGGAAAUCUAAAACUACCCAAGGUGAAUGUGGAUAUCAGUUCAAAAGGGAUCAUCGUGUCGGAUGCUGAGUCACAAGAAAAUGUACUAAGUGUAUCAAUAUACAGGAUUUCCUAUUGUUCUGCGGACGCCGCCAAUGCCCGCGUUUUCGCUGUGGUCGAAGGCAAAACUGCUGGCGCGAAUGAGACGCAUGUUGUGCAUGUAUUCGUUUGUGCUAGACGGAGACAGGCAAGGGCUCUUGCCCUCUCUCUCGCACAUGCAUUUAAUGACGCCUAUCAGGCAUGGCAAGCCAGUGAAGCGAGUUCACUUCAAGCGGGUGGCAGGCGCCGAGUAACUCCUUGGGCCAAUUUCUCAAGUGAUUCUGAUGAGGAUACCGACAAUGAGCAGUGGCAGAGCCCGGAACCGCUGGUGACGUUUUGAACACUUGGUUAAACUAAAAAAAAUAACUAUAACUAUAAGAAAUUUUUGACAAUUUUAUUAUAUAUAGUUAAUGGUCAAAUAUGCGCAGGAGUCCAUUCUUAAUCCGCUGAGCACGCGCUGUGAUUCGGCCGUAGUAAAACCGAUAUUAUUUAUUUAUUGGUCUUUCUCAAUAAACUGUUUACAAUUUCCUCAAAAAGACCGCUGAGCGUCUCCUUUAAUCACUCACUUUUCAGAUUUUCUUGAAUAUUUUACAAGAAUGAAAGAAACAAUAACUGACAAACAAAAAUACAUCUAAUUUGGUGCAGUUGAUUUAUUUUAACUUAUAUAGAUAAUUAAUGUAAUUGGAAAUCUAAGAAAUUUGUGUAAAUAUGUUUUUAAUAUUUUUAAAUGUUAGUUAUUAAGAUUAUCAAAUUUAAAAAAACACCUUUUAACCGGAUUGAAGCUAUGUAUUAUUAUUACAAACUUAUAAUUAUUUAUACACGGUCA